AUGGGAAUUGACGAAAGAUUAGAAGAGCUCAAAGCCUUUGAUGCGACACAAGCCGGAGUUAAAGGGUUAGUGGAUGCCGGAAUUUCCAAAGUUCCCAGAAUUUUCAUCCGGCCGAAGUAUGAGGUCGCCGGAGACUACCCAGAAAGCAAAACCCAGAUGGAAAUUCCGGUGGUGGACAUGGCCGGAAGGCGGGAGGAAGUAAUUGAGAAGGUGAAGAAAGCUGCAGGGUCCAUGGGUUUCUUCCAGGUGGUAAACCAUGGAAUUCCGCUUGAGGUGUUGGAUGAAAUGUUGAGAAAGGCACGUGGGUUUCACGAGCUGCCGCUUGAGGAGAAGCAAAAGUACUACACAAGAGGAGCUUCUGGUAAGAAGGUAACCUACACAAGUAAUUAUGAUUUGUACAAAUCAAGGUCUGCAAAUUGGAGAGAUACCAUGUUUUGUGUUAUGAGUCCUGAACCCCUUGAUCCUGCUGAAUUGCCUGAAAUAUGCAGGGAUAUAACAAUGGAGUACACUGAGCGACUUCGAAGGGUUGGGAUUGCUCUUUUCGAGUUGUUGUCCGAGGCACUCGGGCUCAAACCUGAUCACCUGAUUGAUAUGGAUUGUGCAAAAGGGCAGGCAGUGUUGUCUCACUACUAUCCAGCUUGUCCAGAACCUGAACUGACUUUGGGCACCAGCAAACACUCUGAUCCUGAUUUUCUUACUCUCUUGCUCCAAGAUCAGAUUGGAGGACUUCAAGUACUUCAUCAGAACCAAUGGGUGAAUGUCCCCCCUGUUCAAGGAGCUUUAGUAGUUAAUAUUGGGGAUCUCUUGCAGCUGCUAUCGAAUGAUCAGUUCAUAAGCGUGGAGCAUCGUGUCCGGGCAAACUUAGUCGGACCAAGAGUAUCCAUAGCUUGCUUUUUCACUCCACAUCUGUAUCCAUCUACGCGAAUGUAUGGACCCAUCAAGGAGCUGCUCUCUGAAGAUAAUCCACCUUUGUACAGAGAGACGACAGUGAAGGACUUUGUUGUGCAUUAUGAUUCAAAGGGACUAGAUGGAGUUUCAUCGCUCCUGCAUUUCAGAUUAUAA